AUGUCUAGUACUAGUCAAAUUCAUAAGGCUCUUUCAAAGGAACUUGAAGCUUUGUCAUUUGAAGUAAAAGAUGAAAAGUUUUAUGAAUAUCUCGACAAACUUGGGUCUUUACCGCAUGCCGAAAAAGAAGCAAAAUUUAAAGAUUUUUUAGAUAAAACAGAACAAAUUUAUAACAACACAUCUAAUAUAUCAUCCUUUCAUGUUGACGAUAAUUACACACCGUACCAGAUAGAUGAAUACCGCAAGAAAGCAAUCGCAAAUCGUUCUUUUUCAUUCGCAAUGCAGCACAACCUUGAACACAUUAUCUCUGAGCGGCUUGCGAAUUUUUUUAACGUCAACAGUAAACUUAUUGGAUCCGGCGUAGAUGGUAAACAACUUCAACAAGUUACAUGUGCAAAUAUCAAUAUUGCCAAUCGUUUCUUUUGUAAGAAAAUCGCUGACAAGCUUUGUAGUAGUUGUCAUGUUAUUUCUUAUUGUAGCAAAGAAUGUCAAAAAAUGCAUUGGAAAUUUCAUAAAAUUAAUUGUAAAUCUGAUAUCGCGUCAAAGGAUUGGAAACCAGAUUAUAUCAAUGAAAUGCGAACACCUGCAUUCUAUUCGAAUCAACCUUUUGUUUCUUUUAAUCCUUUGAUAAGAGAAUAUUUAUGGGGAAAUAUACCAGCAAUUGAUAUUGUAAAUUUAGCUUCCAAUGAACUCGCUGACGGUAAAUCAUGUUCUGAUUAUAAGGAUCCUAUUAAUCUUCUCUUUGCUGCAAGCGGUGAUCUCAAUGACGUUAUUACAUCAGUCAAUGGAUUACCACUUGACUUCAAUCAGCCAGUUAAUAUUUGUAUUAACGAUUAUGCUGAAAGGGUUGUGAUUAGAAAUUUUAUAAUACUUUAUCUACUCGCAGAACUCGGAAAAGAUGCUAUUGAUCUCGUUAUUCAUAUUUGGUAUUCAUCUGCACUUACUGAUAAACAAUCACUUAAAUGCAUUGAAAUACUCAGUAAAAUUCUUCAAGAUAAGUUGGAUUCAAAGGUGAAGAAAGGAUAUACAUUUGAAUUUGGUAAACUCAAGGUUCGAACUCAUUUUAAUUCCGAGACGUGGAUGUGUCUUGCAGAAAUGCUUAGCAAUGAUAUUGAUCUACAGACAGCUGUUGACAUGCGUAACGACAUUAUGUUAAAUCCGGCGCGCGAAGACUAUCGACAUCGAUAUAUGCAACGUCUUACACCAGGAGAACGAAUUUGUUUUGAUAAUUUCCGCCACCAUGGAAUUCUACUCCCAUAUGGUGUGAUGAAUGCUCAUCAUAACACACCAAAUAGAUUCAUCAUAGAUCGGAUGUUUGGCUGGACGAUGGCCGAUAGUUCAGAUCCACUCUCUGGAUGGGAUAUAUUUAACAUUGCCCAGGUUAAAUGUGGAACUGCAAAAGAAGACAUUUAUGGAAAGCUUUUCUUUUAUCUCCGUGAGCAAUUCGAGAAAUUCGUUGAUCGUUUACAAAAAUUAACAAUUAAUUUUGAUUUAUAUGAUGAGGAUGCACUUGAACUUGGUGAAAAAUUAAAAGGCAGAAAAUUUGAUCGGAUUCACGUAACUAAUCUUAGUGACGAAUUAUAUGUUGGUAUUAAACCCACAUUAACCAAAUUCCAACCACUUCUAAAUGCUAAUAAUCCACAUGCAACUUUAAUUACACUGUUCAUGAAUUGGUUGCCUUCUAUUCCAGAGUCUGAUAAAAUAAGAAUAAUGGAAAGCAUUAUUAUGAAAAAAGCUAGUAAAUAUAAAAAGAAUUGUAAUCCGUCAUUUUUUGAGGUCUCUAACAUGGCAUCUAUGGUAACGAAUAAAGCUUCUACUGAAGCUACAACCUUGUAUGAUCAUACUCAAGCAUUUGAUUCAUAUAUGAAAAAGAUGGGCGCAAAUAAAACUGCAGAAAAGGUCGGGUUACGUCGUCGAGAGGUUCAUAAAAUCGUGCCCAAGAGACUUGGUGCUUGUAUGAAGCAAGGUGAACAGCACAAUGUUCUGUCUCUUGAAGAUGAAAGAGACAGACAUUUGUUGUUUGAUGUUGGAUCGCACACGUUUUUAGAGCGUUAUGCUGAAUGGGAGAUUGUAGCUUAA